AUGCUCUAUCAAAAAUUAUUUAACCACGAAAAAUCAGUCAAAAACAGAAAUCGAAUUUUUUUGAAUUUUUUCAUAAAAAUAAUAAUUUUCCUCUUAUGCAUACUAUUUGUGCUGCUGAAGAAUAAAGAUAAUGUAGGCCAAAUAUGUGAGAGUCUGCCUAUGGAAGGAGUGUGCCCCAUGGGGUUAUUUCCUGUGGGAGGCAACGACAAAAACAGUGAUUUGAGUAUAAGCAAUGUGAGAAAAAAACAAGGGGAUAAUACAAUAUUUUCAGGUGAACAACAUAUCAAUAUUACAGCUACCCAUGAUGAUGUAUCCCGUUUAAACGUGUUUGAAGAUGUGUACAACCUUUUUUGCAGAGCAAAUUUUGUUAACGAAAAGUAUUUGGUGCUGUUGGGGUGUUCUGGUAAGAGGGCGACAUACAGGGGAAGGGAGCACAUUUCCAGAAUUUUGCGUGAAAGGGUGAGCAGGAAUGCGUAUUAUGAUAAUGGAAAGGACAAUACAAAAUCGAGUAAGUACGGACGGGGCGAAAGCGAAGGUGAGAACGAAGGUAACGAUCACGAACAGAGGAACCAACUGCCGUCUGCGUCGGAUGAGGUAUCCGAAGGAAUGGUUUUCUUCUGUUUUAUCUUCAUCUCGGCGACUAUGCUGCAAUUUAUCCUUUCCAAAAUAAACAAACUGAACAUCCCUGUAUCCGUAAUAUGGUUUCUAUAUGGAAUGUGCACCUAUGUGAUAGCAAAAAAUUUCAACAUGUUUGAAGAGAAUGCUUUACAUAAGUCUGUCAUCAAUGCGAGGAACAUCGACUCAUCAGUUCUUUACUUUGUUCUGUUGCCAAUUUUGCUAUAUGAAGCCACACAGGACAUAAAUUAUUACGCCUUUAAGAAUUUUAUAUAUGGUGGAAUAGGAUUAGCAGUAAUAGGGGUAGCAUUACAAGUAGGUAUACUUGGUAUUUUGUUUUACUAUACCUUUAUGUAUAGGCAAGAGCAGUCCCCUCUAAGUAGCAGUUUUUUGUUGGCCUCCAUCUUAUCAUCAACCGAUCCCGUGGCAGUCCUUUCCAUUUUGUCAGUAGUGGAUGCUCCCUCAAAAAUAAGUUCCAUGUUUCAUGUGGAGUCUUUAAUAAAUGACGGAAGUUCUGUCUUACUAUUUCAGUUUUUUUUUUAUUUAACUAUUGGGUAUAAGGCCAACGCAUCUCAGUACGUGAUUCUCUUUGUUAAGUUAUUAUUUUUAAGCCCCGUAUUUGGCAUAGCAAUGGCUAUGUUGACAUUUGCUUGGAUAAAUUUGUAUAGAAAAUAUUAUUACAAUCAGUGUCUGGCCACGAUAACUAUGUGUUACGUGUGUUACUUUGUGUCUGAGUAUUAUUUUAAUUUGUCUGGCCCCCUGGCAAUCGUGUGUUAUGGUUUAUUUAUUAACGCAUAUGGCCAUAUUGCCCUGGACGAAGUGGCACAGAGAAAGCACAAAGAAAUUGUGGAGCUUCUGGCCCUCAUGGGAAACUCCAGCAUUUUCAUCAUAUCCGGAAUAGUGUCGUUUGGGAUGAUGGAAAAUGUUUUCAAGGACAACUUGUAUUUUUUCAUGUACAUUGUAUUGACAUAUAUUUAUUUAGUAUUGGCAAGGACCAUAAUGAUAUUGAUAUUUACUCCAUUUUUGUCAAGAAUUGGAUAUCCUAUAAAUUGGAAGGAAAUAUUGCUCCUAAUUUGGGGAGGACUACGUGGCGGUAUUGUACUAGUGCUAGGGUUACGGAUAGAAGCAGAAAAUAAAAUUAACGACAAACUGACGAAGGAGUUAGCUUACUACAUUAGUGGUAGUGUAUUACUCAUACUGACGAUUCAGGGCUUGACUUUUGAGUGUUUGUAUAAAGUUUUAAACAUUUAUCCGCCCAAUCCUUUUAGAAUUGUUUAUUUGGAGAAGGUACUAAAAAUGAUUGAUUACAAUUUUUAUAUUAGGAAGAAGAAUUUGAAAAAUUACUGGCUCUUUAAAGGAACAAACAUUCUCCACUUUUCGAACAAAAUUGUCCCUGAAUUGUACUGGAGGAAAAUGAACAAAUAUGGAGAGUUCGAUUUGAGGUUGCCAGAUAUUUAUGCUUGUCUACAGGAUAUAAGCUCGUGUGAUAUUUCUUGUUGGGAACGUGCUUACGAUUCGCAGACAGUGAUCGAAAGUUUCGAUGAUGUGUCUUCAAAUGGGAAAGGAAGCUUUCCUAUAAAGAACGGCAAUAAGAUAAGUCCAGGCGUGGAGAAAAAAAAAAGUGAUAAUAAAAACUCAGCUGGUUCUUCCAUGGGUAAGAGAAUUCUACAAAAAAAUGAAUUGUCUAGUAUUACAAAUAAUGCCGUCCUCAAUGAGAAAGGAACAUCUAACGAUAAGAAUGUGCACAUUAAUAGAGGAGAAGAAAAUCAAAAUUUCAUGAAGAACAAGAAGAGUAUAUACGAAGAGGUGAAAUGGAAAAAUAGCAAUUUUACGGACAUAGAAUAUGAAGAUAACAGUGAUGAAUACAGCUACAUAAAUAACGAUGAUAGUAAUAGCAGGAAGAAGAAAAAAAGGGAAAAAAUAAAAAUGAGAAACAGUACCAGCAGAAGGCAGCAAGCAAGGGGAUUUAUGUCCAGAGGAAAAACAAGCUUUGAUAAUUCUUCUUACAAAGGAGAAAUGAGAAUAAAUGUCAUCCGAAAUAACGAGAACUACUUUAGUAGUAAUGAUGAAGACGAACAUAAUUACACAAAUGUAAACUAUUCCCUAUCCUCCAAAAAUUUGGAUAAGCUCAGUCACCAUCUGCAUGAGCUGUCUGAUAACGAAUCAUCCUACACAGAUAAGGUGUGUGAAAACAGUAAAAUAAAAAAUUUGAAUGCUUUUAACUAUGACAAAAUUUCCAUAAAAACGUAUGACCGCCUUAUAAACAAAAUGAAUUACCGAGAAUUCAAAAGAACCAGAACGGAGAAAGAAAACUUUACUGUCAUCGAUAGCAUUGUUGAUAACAAGAACGAGGAGACUUUCAAUCCGAAGUACAAUUUGAGGCUAAUCGAGCACGCUACUCAUUUACCCAAAACCUUGAGUGACAAUUUGCUCGUUAAGAGCAGUUUGGAAAAUGAUAAUGCCAGUAAUGUAGAAGCGAAGAAUGGUGAUGCAGAUUCCAGCGAAAAGGAAAAGAAGAAGCAACAAAACUUGUUAAAUAUUGUGCACGACCAAGCUGCGGUGAAGGAGGGAGACGUGGGCAAAGAAACGGAUUCGGUGAAACAAUCUGAUGUAGGAAAAAACCCAGGCACAGAAAAACAAUGUGUGCAUCAGGAAAGCAUCCCUGGGGAGGAGCACAUAAUAAAAAAUAUAAACUAUGAUAACAUCACCAAGAAGGACGAAAAGUUGCUACACAACUUCAAAGAUCUGAAAAUUAUCGCAGAGGGUACUAAUGAGGACACACCGAGGGUAACUAAUGUAGAUGAAGGAGACAACGAGUUGCUGAUGAGUGACAAUUUUAUUAUAAAAAUUCAGAAGGAAAAAUCACAUGAAUGUAAGGAGGAUCAUGAGGAGGAUAGUGAGAAGGGGAAAAGGGGAGAAGGCCGUGAAAAUGAUUUACAAGAAAAAGACGAUGAUGCAGAAGAGAAAGUGCUAGAAAACUGCAUCACUUGUGUGACAAAUGAAGAGGGAAAUGUGGUGGAUGAUAUCCUAAAUUAUGACGGUAGUGGAAACAAAAAUAACGAAUCUAAUUUUGAGGAAUAUUUAACAUAUAAAAAUCUGUUCGCUCUGGAUAGCGAUGGGAAGAAAAUAUCGUCCUUCUUUAACAAGAACUAUGAUAAGAAGAGUUGUCUAGACUUGGGGGUGAAAAAUCCAUCAGAGCUAAACAUUUCCACCAAGGGAACUAACAGUAAGACUUUAAUGUUAAUGAACAAAGAAAUUGAAAGAAGGAGGGAUAUGAAAAAUGUUAAUAAAUCGAGGUGCACUUCAUGCACAGGUGUAUUUGAUUUCAACAUAUCUGCGCGAAUAAGAAGGGAUAGUAAUCGAAGCCCGUUAAAGGCGAAGGGCAGUAAAGGGGAAAAACGUAGAAGAGGCCAUAACCAUAAUUGCAAUGAUGGUGAUAAUGAAGUCUUCAACAAUGGAGAUAGCCAAAAUGUACAGAUAAAUCGAACUAACUCCAUCAUCAAAGCAGGCAAUGAUAACACCGUCAGUAAUAAUAACAACAGUAAUGGAGAUUUCCUUGAGGGAGGAAAAGGAAUCCCCAAAUUGCAACGAAACAACACGGCGGACUUCACUGCAAGGAGGUAUGACACAGAUCAGACUAUAAAUAUCGAAUGCAUAGAAGAUGUGUGUCAGAAGAAGCAUGUUGCUACUUUUUACAGCUUUUUAAAAAGACCCAAAAUGAAAAUAAAAAAUAAAUUAUUCAGCGAAAUAAGAAGGGCAAGAAGCCACGAAAGUUACGGUAAUAGUAAAGAUAAGUCUGGGAAGUCUAAGGAUGAUGUUUUUUACAGCUCCUUCAAAAAAAAAAUUGUUCGAAAAGAAAGAGAAGGAGAACUGUACAUCAUGAUAUUUAAUACUUGCAGGGAAUUAUAUAAAAAGUUGUACGUAAACGGCUUCAUUUCUGGGGAAUGUCUAUUAACACUUACGUCGAUUCUAGAUUUGUCUGCCGAUUUUGCCUUGAGAAAGGUACGAAUGAACCCAAUUAAAGCAUGGGCCGAUGCUUUUGAUAAGAGCAAGAACAAAAGUAGCAACAAAAGGAGAAGGAGCAUUGACCACAGAAAUGGGUUUGAAUAUGAAUUUAACGUGCUGUUAUCAAAAUUAAAAAUUAAUACAACACAUUCAUUUUGUUUCUCGCCCAAAGUGGUAAAUAUAUUUCUUGUGUAUGAACACUGCAUGAAGGAUUUGCAGAUUAUUCUCUCCUAUGUGGACGUGCACCAGUGCACAUUGGAUAAGGGGGGAAUUACUAUGAAGUUACUUCUGGGGAAAAACUUGCUCAAAAGCUACUACAGAAAUAUAGAGCUCGCCAAGAGCCUCAUACCGCACCUGGUUAAUAAGUACAAGGACGUCGUGAAGUACUGCCUCAUUAAGAUAGGCGCGGACAUGCUUAUGCAUUUGAAGAAGACGAUUGUUAAUGAGCAAGCUGCUAACGGAUUGUUACUAACCCAGGACAACGAAAAAUUGAAUGGCAUUUUCGAUGAGCAGCAAAUCAAAAUUAAUAGAUAUAGGCCAUAUUUGCAUUAUUUUUUAAAAAAGAACAUGUUUAAGAUGAUUAUAAAGUAG